AGGCUUAAGAGGUGAGGGUGAGAAAAAAUCGUAUAAAAUGAGAGAGAAAAGGCUAAUAGAUAUCAGUCGAGUGAGGAUCUCCGACACGGGAACAACUGCUGCACUAUUUGUCUCCAACUGCCUUCUUCAUCGUAUUAUCAGUUCGCAAUCAUGGUUAACUAUGGCGUCGUGCUCCUUUUGGGUAUUGGAUCGUUGAUGGCUGGGGCGACCACUGGUGUACCGAUGUCUCCUGCGCAUGGUUGAUAACGAGCCUCGGCAGCUAAAGAAUACUACACCAUGUUGCCGACCAUUAAAAAACAUCAACACCUUCUUCCUAUACCGAAGACCCCAAGUACUACAACACCAAGUCUCCAGAUUAUUAAACUGAAACAUACUCUGCUCCAUUUUAGGAAACAUGGUCAACUGUGGGUCGUGCUGCUGUUGGGUGUUGUAUCGUUGAUGGCUGGGGAGACCACGGGAGUACCGAUGUCUUCUGAGUCUGGUGGAUACCAAACAGCAACGCCGCCGCCUUACUGCACAACGCAGUCAACAUACGCAACAUCUACUUACUACACCGAGGCUCACAAGAACUACACCACCGAGUCGUCUGCCCCAGCCUACUACACCGACGCUCUCAAGUACUUCUCUUCAAGCUACUACAAUACUGAGGCUCCUGUUUACUACACCAAGGCCACCGAGUAUUACACUACAACCAAAUUUUAUUGAUGAAAUUAAUGUGCAAAUUAUUUACCUCCAGCUAACUAUGGUGUCGUGCUGCUGUUGGUUGUUGUAUCCUUGAUUGGGUCGACUACGGGUGUACCGAUGUCUCGUGGGUAUGGCGGAGACCAAACUGCAACGCAGCCAUCUUACUGCACGAAAAAAACAUAUGCAAUAACCAGAUACUACACCGCCAAGGCCCCAGAGUAGUGCACCACAACUUAUGAUGUUCUGAACUGCUACACUGAAGCCCCAAAAAGUGACUCUGCCCCGAGUACUACACCACGAAGUCAGCCGAGUACUACACCACGAAGUCAGCCGAGUACUACACCACGAAGUCAGCCGAGUACUACACCACGAAGUCAGCCGAGUAC